CAGUCAGUCAGUCAGUCAGGUGACUAUGGAUCAGCUGAUUGUAUGCAGCAGGCUGGACGGCCGAGGAGACGGAAUACUGAUGAGGAGAGCGCCAGUCACAAACUGCCUUUCAGCUCAAGCCCUGCUGGAUUAAUGACUUCUAUCAAAAGAGCACCGUGAACAAAAUCAGUUCUGUUGUGACAGAUAACUAACCGGCUGCCCCAAUGGAGAACGGCCCGAGUAAUUACAAUGGGCAGGCUGAGCAGGUGUGGGAGAGGCCCUGGACGCUGGAUGAGAUGAGAAAAAGCAGCUCUAACUGGUCCUUAGCUGCAGAUUCUGGGCUUUUUCUCUAUCUGCAAGACUUCUCUCAGAGGAUGCUGUCUAAGACUCAUGAGAUCGAAAAACAGUUGGAUGGCCUCAUUCGGGACACUAAAGCCACUGACAGCUGCUUACACACAGUCUUCAACGACUUUCUCAUGCUUUCCAAUACACAGUUCAUCGAAAACAGGGUAUAUGAUGAAGAGGUCGAAGAGCCAGCUCCAAAGACUGAGGCCCAGGAGAAACGCACCGAACAGGAAAAAACACGAGAACAGAAGGAGGCUGAGCUGAUACCUAAAGUCCAGGAGGCAGUAAACUACGGUCUGAAGGUUUUGGAGUCUGCUUUUGAGCAACUAGACAUUAAGGCAGGGAACUCUGACUCUGAAGAUGAGGAGGCAGCUGAUAGAGUUGAACCCAUCUUAGAGCCCAAGGAUCUGUAUGUAGAUAGACCAUUGCCAUAUUUGAUUGGAUCUCAAGCUUUUAUGGAACAAGAGGAUGUUGGCCUUGGGGAUCUCUCCAGUGAUGAAAUGUCCAUUGACAGUGACAGGGAGAGCGUUAUUGAGAGUGAUGAGGAAAAAGAUGCAGAGCACUCAGAUGAGGAUUUUGAUCAGGAAGAGGAAGGCCAAGGAAACUUAAAGAAGAAGCCAUCUGUAGUCAGCAGUGAUGAAGAGGAGGAAGAAGAUGAAGAUUCAGACAUAUUUGGAGAAUCUGACAAGGAUGAGGACGAAGCCACAAAGGAUGAAGUGGGUCCCACUUCUUUUGCUGAUGAGCUGGCUGCCAGAAUCAAAGGAGAUACAACAAGCAUGCCAGAGUCAGAUCGUACAUCAUUGUCAUCAGGCCCAUCUGUCAGCAAGAAGAAGAACAAAGGAAAGAAACUGCCAAAGGCAUCGGUGGACCAUGAUAGUGAUGAAAUGUUCAGUCCUCCGAAAAUGGAUGAUGAUGAGUUUUCUCCAUUUGGAGGAAAAGGUGGUCUCUUCAGUGGUGGUAAAGGCCUGUUUGAUGAUGAUGAUGAAGGUGAUCUGUUUUCUGAAGCCCCCAAAAAUGAGCCAGUGGGGGAGGAACGAUUAGCACCACAAACAACAGAAAGUGCAAAAACUAAGAAAAUACCUACAGGUGCAGUUUCCAUUUUUCCAGAAAACAAUCUGUUUGGCUCACCGAAAGCUUCAGAUUCAGCAGAAAGCAAAGAGAAUGGCAGUCCAGUCAAACCCAAAGUGCAGGCAGCUCCAAAACCGGCAGCACUAGGAGGUGGUCUCUUUGAUGACGAAGAUGAUGAUGACUUUUUCAGUGGGAAACCUCUCAAAAAACCUACUUCUGCUGGACAGGAGAAGCACAAACCAAAGAAAACCGUGGACCUGUUCGGGGGCGAUGAAGAUGAAGACGACAAAGAUGAUGGUGAUAUUUUCAAUGCGAGAGCAGCUUCCACACCUCAACAGAGCAAGAAAACUGUAGAGGAGGAGGAGGAGGAAGUAGUGCGACCUCCAGAGAAGAAGUUACCUGCUGGUGCCAUCUCUAUGUUUGGACCUGGCACAAAGAGUCUUCUUGUGGAGGGCCUGAAGAGACGCCAGCCUUCGACGAGUGAAGAGUCUGAGAAAUCUGAGGAGAGCGUUCCCCCUCCUGAGGUCAAACAGUCAUCUGCUCCUAAAACAGCAGAGAAGGUCCACAGCAAAAGUCUGUUCUCUGAUGAUGAAGAUUCUCAGAUAUUCUCCACAUUGCCAAAAAGUAAUUCAAAAACUGAAGCCCCUACUACUAGCAAACCAAGCAAGACUUCACUCUCUAUAUUUGAUGACGACGAGGAGGAUCUGUUUUCCUCUGUGCCAAAAACCAAAUCAAUUCAGGUCAAACCAGCAGCACUUCAGCCCAAGAAAACCGUGUCGAGUUCUCUUUUUAGCGAUGAUGAGGAUCAGUGGAUAAGCUCCACACCCGGCACAGUGAAGCCAGAGGUGAAAAGUGCUGGAAUGAAGGCCAGUGUCAGUGCCCCGUCCAGCCUCCCCAGUGCCAAACCACCACAAAAAGACGGCUUAUUUGAUGAGGAUGGCGAUGACGACCUGUUUGCAGCUACAAAGGAGACAAGUAAGAAGAAGCCUCAGAGAGUCUCCCUUUUGUUUGAGGAUGAAGAUGAUGAAGACAAAGGAUCACUUUUUGGUUUCAAACCACCUGAAAACAAAACAACUCCCGAAGCUAAAGUGCCCGCUGCUACCUCUCAGACUGCCUCUCUGUUUGCUUCUGAGGAGAAGGAAAAAGUGGUAUCUGCCUCAGUGGUGGAUAAGAUAGCUGAAGAGAAACCCUCAGACGAGAAGCCUGUGCUGACCGUACCUUCUCCUGAAGAGAGCAGCACUGGUAGUAAGAAGAAGCCUGUGGGAGCUGUUAGCCUGUUUGGAGGAAUUAAUGUACUAGGAGAUGGGGCGGACACAGUCAAGAAGCAGAGCAAAGGUCUAUUGGAUGACUUUGAUGAUCUUGACUGGCAUAAAGAAGCUCCACCGCCAAUGGAGAGCAAGGAGAAAAAGACCAAGAAAACCGCACUUAGCCUGUUUGAUGAUGACUAUGAUGAUGAUAAUGAAGAUGAUGAACCUGAUGAGGCAUCACCUUUUUCCAUAGUAGCCAAGCCAACAGAUAAAAGCUCAUUAAAGCCCCAGGAGGAGAAAGCUCAUGUGAAGAGCACCGGUGUGUUUCAGGACGAGGAGCUUCUCUUUAGCCACACGCAGCAGAGAGACAAUGACCCAGACGUGGACCUCUUUGCUACCGCUUCUAAACCUUCUGCACCCUUGCCUAGCUCAGUAAAGACUGAUGUGCCUACAUUGUUUGGGGAUGAUGAUGACGACGACCUGUUCAGCUCUGCAAAGCCAAAAGCUCCUCCGAAAGUACCAGAGAAGCCCAGUAAACCUAAAAAAGACGAACUUGACAAAGGAUCAACCACAGCACAAUCAAGCCAGAAAGAGAAGCCGACAAGCCCUGUAAAAUCUAAAGAAACCUCAAGGAUUGGGAAACUCCAAGCUAACUUGGCAAUCAACCCGGCCAGCCUCUUACCGGGAGCAGCGCCGCGUGUGCCAGGAGGAGUCAGCGUAAUCCCUGGCCUGGCGCCCUCCCAUUCGGCUCGGGCCUCAGGGCCGCUGCCAGGCUUCGCUGGCCCCCCGGAGCCCCAGGCGCGCAGCGAGGGAGCAGUAAGCUUCGACACGCCGGCUCAAGUCACCACGCUACAGAGUGCCAAUAAGGAUCGUGCUAAAGUCGCAACAAAACGACGGCCCCAAACGCGAGCAGCGAGACAGAUAGCCGCACAGCGCUCAGUAGAAGCACGCAGAGACAUGGAGGAAGUGGAUUCUCAAGGUGGGACGGCUUCCUCGAUGCCCCCGUUCAAUCCUAUUUCAGCCAGACCCUCUGCCCUCACCCUGCCUGUAACCACCACCUCCUUAGCGUCCGUGAAGAGACACGCCGAUGAGUCUGUCAGGCCGAAGAUCCCACCUGUUGCUCCUGUUGAGGAGGACCUGUUUGCCUCAGAGGACCUUUUCGCUUCUGCAUCAGUUCCUAAGCUCACACCCUCCCCUCAGCUCAAAACAAAGCCCUCCGAGACAGCCCCUGAUGGAGCCCCUAAAAAAGAAGCCAGUGUAGCCUCAAAGAAAGACCCAACCCUGUCUAUCUUCGAUGACCAUGGGGAGGACCUUUUUGCAGUAGUUAAGCCGAAGCCAGGAAAGAAAGCCAAGGCCGUGCCUUUCCUUGAUGAUGAAAAUGAUGAUGAUAUCUUUAAAACGGAGAAGAAAAAGGACUCUAAAUUACAGAGUGAUUCAACUAAAGCAGACAUUUUCCAGGAUGAAAAGGAAACUCCCUCUAAAGCUCUUAAAAAACCUAAAGAAGCAUCUUUGGAUGCAAGCUUGUUUGAUGAUGAUGUUGACAUUUUUGCUGACUUGACUCCCACAACAAAACCAAAAGGGAAAAAGGUGAAGAAGAAAGUGGAAACUAAAUCUAUAUUUGAUGAUGACAUGGAUGAUAUUUUCUCAUCUGGAAUCACCAAACCGGUAGCAGCCCCUUCCUCAAAGGCUAAGAAGCCCACCCAGGAACCCAGCUCAGCAGAAGAAUCGGGUCAUAGUAUUUUUGAUGAUCCCCUUAAUGUGUUUGGUGGAAACUAAACCUCUGUCCUCUAUUUGUAUAAAUGUGUAGAGAUGUUUAUUGGAUUUACAGAGACUAGAACAUACUGUAUUAACACUGUUCAUAGAUAAUUUAUAAAUUCUCGUAAAACAUACUUAUAAAAAAUUGAUGAAGAAAAAGCUCAACUUCUAAUGGCAUCUACAAACUCAUUUCUCAUCAGUAGGUUAUAUAGCUGCCACAAAGUGCUAUUUAGAUUACUUUUUGUAUUUUAUUUUCUGCAUAGCACUUUAAAUUUGAGAUGAUUAAUUGUGCAUCAUGAAUCAGAUUCAUUGGAUUGUGACUGGAUACAUUCCUUUGACAUGGUCGACUGUAAGAUUUAAUUUGCAUUUUUUUGCAUCGGUUUGUGCCAUAUAAUUCUUAACGAUUGUCUUAUGAUUAGUGCUCACUGUCUUUUGAUGCUGUUUUUAAAAGUUUUUUUGUGUUGCAUGUGAAAUGAUUUUUGUAAACUAAAGAAAAUAUAUUUUAUGAAAUUUA